GGUUAUACUCGGUUACUAACAUAUUCUUCGAAUAAACGGCAUGAUCAGCUUUUUAAAAGGGAAAGUUGCAUACGAACAUUUGGUUUAACGUUUAGGCAAAACAACUUUUCCACGGUUAAAAUGAAAACAGUGUUUCGUCACGUGAUGAAAGGUUCAACAUUUUGCGGGAAUCAACAUGGCGAAUGAGAUGACAUCAACAACAGCGGACGCGGUGCAAUGUCCCGUAUGUUUUAAAGACUUCGAGCCUGCUACAAUUAACGGGCACCUCGACGUUUGUCUGCUAGAAAGCGUUACCGACAGCAGUCCGUUAGCAGCAGACGAAAGCGAACCUCCUUUAAAGAAAGCUCGCGCCCGUGUGGAGACUGGGCCACCCAGCCCCAGUGGCAGCAACGCUGUGGCCAGCUCCUCCUCCAUGGCUGGUGCACCGUCAGCUGCGGCGGUGUUUUCUCUGUUUCAGACCAACAAGAGUAAAGUUUCAGUCCAGGGUGAACGGAACGGGUUAGUUUCAAGUACACAAUCUCCUGUCAACAAGGGAGUUAAACGUAAUUUGCUGGGCGAGGCAGAACCAGGACAAGGACCAGGUGCAGAUAACGUGAAGAGCCAGACCUCUGGAUUAAAUGGGCAGAAUUCGAAGACAUCCACUGGUUUAUCACCACGGACACUGCUAACGACAAACAAGCCUCUGGCGGAGACCCUGAGACCAAACACACUGGAGGAAUACUUUGGACAAAACAAAGUUGUGGGCCAGCAAACUCUCCUCCGGACACUUCUGGACUCCCAGGAAGUACCAUCUCUGAUCCUCUGGGGACCCCCGGGAUGCGGAAAGACCACUCUGGCUCACAUAAUUGCCAGCGCCAGCAAAAAGAAGGGAACGGUUCGUUUUGUCACUCUGUCGGCCACCAGCGCGUCCACCAAUGAUGUCCGAGAGGUGAUCAAGCAGGCGCAGAAUGAGCUCCGACUGUGCAAGAGGAAGACCAUCCUGUUCAUUGAUGAAAUUCACCGCUUCAACAAAUCCCAACAGGACACUUUCCUUCCUCACGUGGAGUGUGGGACGGUCACUCUGAUCGGGGCAACCACAGAAAAUCCGUCCUUCCAGGUGAAUGCUGCCCUGCUGAGCAGAUGCAGGGUGCUGGUUCUGGAGAAGCUCUCUGUAGAGGCGAUGGGCUCGAUCCUGGACAGGGCCGUGGCCGCACUGGGGAUCAAGGUCCUGGGACGAGAUCCAGCCAUUCCCAAAGAUAAAGACCAGUCGGAUGGUCACGAGCCGAAGAUUUUCAUUGAACAAAAAGCUCUGGACACCAUCGCCUACCUUUGUGAUGGCGACGCGAGAGCGGGACUUAAUAGUCUGCAGCUGGCUGUUCAGGCUCAGGUGAGCUCGGCCCGGCCCAACGCAUCAGGAAAAGGUUCCCGGGAAAUACUGGUGAAGGAGGACCACGUCAAGGAAGGUCUGCAGAGGUCCCACAUUCUCUAUGACAAAGCUGGUGAAGAGCAUUAUAACUGUAUCUCAGCGCUGCAUAAGUCUAUGAGAGGCUCCGAUGAGAAUGCGUCUCUCUACUGGCUGGGCCGCAUGCUAGAGGGCGGUGAGGAUCCUCUCUAUGUGGCUCGCAGGUUGGUCCGCUUCGCCAGCGAGGAUGUCGGUAUGGCGGACCCUGCCGCUCUUCCUCAGGCUGUGUCAGCCUUCCAAGCCUGCCACUUCAUCGGGAUGCCUGAAUGUGAGGUGAUCCUGGCUCAGUGUGUUGUGUAUCUGGCACGAGCACCCAAAUCUGUGGAUAUCUACAAGGCUUAUGCUAAUGUGAAGGCAUGUUUGAGAAACCACAAAGGCCCUCUGCCCUCUGUCCCCCUGCACCUUCGCAACGCCCCCACCAGGCUGAUGAAACAACUGGGCUACGCUAAAGGCUACAAAUACAACCCAGCCUUCAGCGGCACCGUAGAGCAGGAGUACUUACCUGAUGAGCUGCAGGGAAUCAACUUCUUUACCUGGACACCCUCCAACCCAUGAGGAUCUGUUGCAAUGCCGUAACUGGUUAGAAACCAAGGCUGCUGAAUGGACUCAAUCCUCUCAAAUGAUCAGUUGUUAGGGGAUGAGCUAAGUUUUAUGUUGCUACUGAUUCAAAUUGAAAGUUACUGUUAGAACUUUGACAUGUCUUUUCAUUAAUUGAUUCUUCGCUCUAAACCGUCAGUACUAUCAUUUUACAUUCAAAUGUAUUUCCAAUUGGACUUUAGUCAGCUGUUUUCAAACACAUUAUAAAGGAUACACUAACCAUUUACAGUACUUCAAGAUACAGUAUGUUAAAAAAUAAGUCCUUAAUCAGUUGAGAUAAAUAACAAUAAAGUACA